UUAUUAAUGUGGAGUUGUUACUCUUUUUAUUUUUAUUUUUUAAUUUUCAUUAUUAUUUCUUCUCUAUCAUCUUUUUCUUUUUUUCUCAUCUUUUUUAUUUUUAAAAAAAAAAACUAGUAUCUAAUAUUCUAAUCAUGGAUUUCAAUUAUUCUUAUUCUACAUUUUUCGAAAACAAAAUAGAAGAAAAUAAAAUAACUCGCGAUACUUUCGAAAAUCAAGGUGACACCCAAAGGGAAGAACUUCAACACAGGACUUCUGGCACAACUUACGUUUCUUCGGAGAUUCAAAGAAACAUCCAAAGUGAUGACUUAGAAGAAGAAAUCCAACAAUGCAAAAUUUCGCUUGAUAGUAUAAUUCAAAAAGGUCCUAUUGAUACAGUAAUUCGAUCUAUAGUAAAUUUCUAUGCUGAAAAGUUACGAAAUAAUAAAGUCACCUACAAUAUUGUUGAGAAAUGCUUAACGGAAUAUCGCAAAAAUGCAAAUACAUAUAAACCAAAAGAACCUGAAUUAUUCAUUGAAAUUAGUAAGUCAAUUGGACAUAAAAAAUAUUGUAAGACUUACUAUAAAAAUAAUGAUGAUGGAAAAAAAUGUGACUGGGAUAAAAAAGCUAACGAUAAUUUCAAAUUAAUCAUUGGAAAAUAUGAAAGUUAUACAAAUAAAUUAAAAUCAAACCGUGGUAAUAUUAAAACUGGAUUUUGGGAAUAUGUAUGUUUUAUUUUGUCAAAGCAUGGGCAUAAUAAUUAUACUCCGACACAAUGCGCAGUGAAGUACAAGAAUUGUAAAGCUAAAAAAAAGUAAUUUAACGUUAUAUCCUUUUUCUUGAGAUAAAAUUAUAAAUUAUUGUUUUAUUGUUUUACUUUU